AAAGAUUAAAAAAACUAAUUACAGAAGACAAAUCUCCGCAGUCAGGGUGUUGCAAAGUUGUAGUCGUGCAAAAAACGGAUUCUACGUACGUUUUCCUUCACUUUUGACCACUUUGCGGAGCUCGGUGGGUUCAUGGUAGGUUAUACUAGAGUGAUUUGUCUGCAGAAGUCCCCAAAAACAGACAAAUGUCGCAGUCUGAGCAGAAAAAAGCUCUAGAUGAGGCACCGAGCCCGGAGCACGGACUGAACGGGGGUCCGGUGAUCUCCGGGGCGGUGUGCGGGGUGUGUGGGCGGCUGUACCGGGACCCCCGGCUGCUGCCCUGCCUGCACUCCUUCUGCUGCGACUGCAUCGGCCGGCUGGAGCCCUUCACGGCCCCCAGGAGCCCCGGGGACCGGGGGGACCGGAGCCCCGGCCCCGCGGGGGUGUCGGUGCUCUGCCCGCAGUGCGACUCCGAGGUGGACCUCCCCCAGGCCGGGCCGGCCGGCCUGAGCAGCGACCCCCUGGCCCUGCAGCAGGUGUUCCGGGCCAGCCUGGCCGCGGACGGCCCGCUAGGGUGCGACCUGUGCGGGGAGCCGGGGGCCGAGAGCCGCUGCAGGACCUGCGGGCUCUGCCUGUGCGGCUUCUGCUGCCAGGCGCACAGGCGGCAGAAACGAACAGCGUCUCACUCCGUCCUGCCUUUGGCGGAGCUGAAGGCCUGCGGUCGCCUCCGCCGCCCCGUCCUCUGCUCGUUCCACCCCGGCCAGGAGCUACGGCUCUUCUGCGAGCCCUGCGACCUGCCCGUGUGCCUGGACUGUGCCAGCACUCUGCACCGCGACCACCUCUGCCGGCCCACGCGGGACGUCAUAGAUCGCCAUGGCGACCGCAUCCGAGAGGUGGUCAGCGUGUCCCUGCGACCUCGCCUGGAACAACUGGCCAAGUCACUGCAAAAGGUGGAGACUUCUCAGGAGAGCCUGCAGGUGCGAGUGGAAGCCACAGCAAAUGAGAUCCGAGCAUUUUCACGAGGCUACGCCAGCGCGGUGGAGGAGCACUGCCUGUCUCUGCUGCGGCACCUGGAGGAGCUCCGGGUUCAACGCAGGAACAACCUGCACCUGCAGAGCGUGCAGCUGCAGCAGGCGCUGCUGGACGUCCAGGGCAGCGUGGAGUUCGCAGAGCGACUGCUGACCUGCGGCUCCGACGCCGAGAUCCUCAGCGCCAAAGGAGUGACCCUGCGGAGACUCACUGCUCUGGCAGGGAGCAGUCAUGACCCUCGCCCAGAAACGGUCGCCCCUGACGACGGCAGCAGUAUCUGCUUCCUGGCCAGCGAGCCGGCCGGCAGAGUGGAGGGCUACCCGGUGGUCGGGGUGGUCCACUCCAAGACGCUGGACGUCAGCAGAUGCACCGCUGAAGGAGAAGGUCUGCAGGGGGGCCGGGAGGGCCAGCAGGGGCAGUUCACGCUGGUGUGCCGAGACUCGGCCGGAGAGCAGGUGUCUCGGGGAGGAGAGCAGGUCCUCGUCAGCAUCGUCCACAAAGACAAGAAGAACUGCACGGUGGCGACAGCAGUGACUGACAACAACGAUGGGACCUACAGAGUUUCAUUCACUCCUGAGGAACCGGGAACUUUCUCAGUGUGGGUCUGUGUCAGAACCCAACAUAUAAAGGGUUCUCCGUUUAUUCUGCACGUGAAGAGGAAAAUCAGGCGCCACAAUGGGACUUUCCACUGCUGCUCCUUCUGCUCCAGUGCAGGAGCCAAAGAGGCUCGCUGUGGAUGCCCAGGAACCAUGCCAGGAGGGUUUAAAGGCUGCGGUCAUGGCCAUAAGGGACAUCCCGGGAAGCCUCACUGGUCCUGCUGCGGCAACACGCUGGAGAAGUCGGAGUGUUUGCCCCCGGCGGCGUUGGCCGCCGCGUCUCCUCGCGCCCGCCUGCGAACCGUGGAGCUCUGAUACGACGCCAGGACAACGUGUGUCAUGAUGACGGUCACCGAAGGCUGGCAGCAGCAGGGAGGGGGUCUUAGGCAGCUCGGGAAAAGGUCAGGCCAGUGAGGAGAGGCUCUGUAGAUGCUAAGAAGUUCCUCACCUCUCCAGCACAAGCCUGCGGCCGUUGGCCCGACUGUGAUACCGUUGCUGGCUUCGCCAGGAGGGGAACAGAAUUCAGCGUGCGUCUCCUUCCAAAUCAAAUAUCAUAAAAGGCUUCCUGUAAGACACUUCAGCAGAAAAGAUCGUUUAGAUUUAUUACCAUUUUCCACCAGCCGGUUUCUCCUCUCAAGCUUCUGAGGUCUGAAACCUUGAAUAUGAGUUAUAACCUGGUUGAUGAAGCUGGAUAUGUUUGUACUAUUUUAAAUAAUCCUACAGCUCAUUUACAAUCAUAAAAGCUGUAGACUGUUAUACAGUGUUCCUCUUCAGUAAUCCAGCUUUCUCAGCACAUAUUGGAAAGCUUUAAUUCAGACAGUCCCACCACUUCUAUUUUAAACAUUAGCUUUCCUAUUAACAUGAUCAUCGUUUUUUGUAUUAUUUUACUUAGCUCACCAACACCGUGAUUAUUAGUUUAAUGGUGAAAUGGUGCAGCAAUCAUUUAUUAUUUCAGAUUUUUUAGAUUUAAAUAAAGAAAUACAGGUGCUACUUUGAGAUGGACCUGUGUUUUUAGUACUUUGAGACAUCCUUUUUUAACAGCGACUGGGUUCUCUACCCUCAGCUCAUCAGGGUUGAACAACUUGACACGGCCGCUCUCAGAUUCGCACAAUGAAUGUCAGGCGCCCAGAGGACAUUUGGCGUUGCAGCAACAGUAAAAAACGGCAGGUGUAACGAUACAGCAGAUACGUUUGUAAAGAACAACACCAGAGGGAACAAUCCCUCGAGGCUCCUGGUGGGACGUGGACCCACAUACAUGUCACAUGUUAUUUUGUGGCACUAAGUAGUUAAAAUUAUUGAAGGAUAAAAGGAUUCAUUGGGAGGUAAUUCAUGCACAUGACAUGCUGUGAAAUGCUAUUUACAAAUCCAUGCCUUUACCCAGUACUCGAGUUGUAAAAAUAAAUCAGGGGGGAUGGUGGAUUUUAUCAUAUGGG